AUGGAUGCUGCCCUGGAACAUUAUAAUAACCCUAAUUAUACCAAUACUUGGUUCCCAAAUGAUGGUAACAAUUAUGCGAAUGUUUCAGAAAAUAUUUCAUCUCAGAAUGCAUCUGAUUACGGAAGGGUAUACAGUUUCAACAAUAAUAUACAAAGAGUUACUGAUAUUUUCACAUCUGUUUUCUGCUUUAUUGGAAUUGUGGGGAAUGGAAUUGUCAUCUGGCUUCUUGGCUUCCACAUUAAGAAGACUCCUUUCAUCACCUACAUCAUGAACUUGGCCAUCGCGGAUUUCGGGCUCCUCAUCUCACUUACAUUUGUUAUUAUUAGUGAGUGGCUUAUAGUUCUUCAUGAUUUUACUACUGUCUUUUUCGUAGUGUCCUUCUUUCCAUUCCUAUCAAUGCACAGCACAAGUCAAUUUCUACUGACUGUUAUCAGCAUUGACAGGUGUGUGGCUGUCUUCUUCCCAAUUUGGCAUCGUUGCCACCAGCCACCACAUUUGUCCACCAUUUUAUGUGCACUGAUAUGGGCCCUCUCCUUCCUGCUUUCGGCAAUUACCUGCAGUAGGAUAGAAAUUAAUCUAGAUGAAAGUAUGGAUGACCUGUUUUAUCAGUUUAUUGUGAACUCCGUGCUGAGUCUUCCACUCAUGACUAUUUCCACUGUGGCCCUGUUCAUUAAAGUCUGUUUUAAAACACGACAGCAUUGGAGGGGAAAGCUUUUGACCAUCAUCUUGCUCACUCUUCUCUUAUUCCUCCUCUUGGUUUUUCCACUGAAUGUCCUAUAUAUCCUCUAUAUUUAUAAAUAUGUACCUCCAUAUGUUCCAGCAUGUGCAACGAUAUUAUCCUGUAUCAAUAGCAGUGUGAACCCAGUCAUUUAUUUCCUCGUUGGGAGACAAUGGAAAACAAGACAGAAGGAGACAUUGAAGAUGAUCCUCCAGAGAAUUUUCAAGGACGAAUAA